UUUUUGGGUGUUGAGAGAAUGAGGUACAAAGUCCGCGCGCACUGGAGACUCAAAAGAGUGGCAGCAGCAGGCUACCCCACACACAACAUCAGUACUGAUGAAGUGUGUCAUUAAUUCAAAAGCUUGGUUUGUGUGCUUAAUCACAUUCAUAUUCAUUAUUAUUCUUACUCAUUUUUCUCUUAUCUAUCUAACUCCAUUUCCGCCACUCCUUGUCUCUUUCACUACUAUUAUUACUCAUUCAUCUCUAUCAAUUACUACCAUCCACUAACCAACAAUAACUAAGUGGCAACAUGCCUAUUAUUAUUAUUGCUUCUUAUAAAUUCUUAUAAAUUCCACCUUCUUGCUUUUCCUUUUAUUUCUAUUUUCUUCUCUUUGCAAAUACCAAAAUCAUGAGUUCUCAACCAAAUAAACAUGUCACUCAGAAAGAACAUGAUGCUGAUGAUACCAUUUCUUGCAGAACAACAGUUUCUCUUCCUGUUGUUCAUAAGGAUGAUGAUGAUGAUGAUCCAAUCGGGAUAACCGAAGAAACCGCGCAUGUUCCUCCAAGGAAGAAACAGAAUCUUCUCCUAGAAAUACCAUCAAGAACACCAGAAGAAUGUUCACAAGAUUUUGUUUCAAUCAAAAUGCCAAUGACACCGAGUCCUACUCCAACUCCUACUCCCAAGAGAGUGAAUUUUCUAAUGACUUCUCGCUCGGUCGAUGCUCCGAUAAAUAAUUCUCCUGGAUCAGCAUCAUCAAAAGGCAAAUCAUCCAUAAGAAACUUGCUACCAAAAUUGAGCUUUCGGUAUAGGACAGCAGCAGCAGAUAUUGAAAAGGCGAAUACGCCAACUCCGGAAGUUUCCUCUUCAGGUCAUCGAGAAAAGCCUUCGAUCUCAAGAUCAUUGUCCCUUAGUAAAAUAUUUACUCCUAGGAUGAAACGAACUUCAUCAUUGCCAUUAGAAGAAAUUGGACAUUCAAACCCCGAAUCAACUCAUGGUGGAAAUGGAAGUGUUGGUGGUCCUCUGAGUAAAAAAGAGACUCGGCAAAAGAUAGCGCGUUCUCUUUCAAUGCCUGCCAACAACAACAAAGACAAAAGUAUAAGGAGGAUGGAUUCAUUUUUCCGUGUGGUGCCUUCUACUCCUCGAGUAAAGGAAAUAAAUGAAUUGUUGAGCACGUCCCCGACAAAGGAUACUGACGAAGAUUCUGAUGGCGGUGAAGAUAUACCUGAAGAGGAGGCAGUGUGUAGAAUCUGUUUGGAUGAAUUAUGUGAAGGAGGCGAGACAUUCAAAUUGGAAUGUAGCUGUAAAGGUGAACUUGCUUUGGCUCACCAAGAAUGUGCGAUUAAAUGGUUUAGUAUAAAGGGUAACAAGACAUGUGAUGUCUGCAAAAAUGAAGUUACAAACCUUCCAGUCACUCUAUUACGGAUCCAAAGUGCUCGAAAUCGAAUUAAUGGAACAAGUAGAGCUCAGCUCGAAGAUAUAAACGGGUACAGGGUUUGGCAGGAAGUUCCGGUGCUUGUCAUUGUCAGCAUGUUGGCCUAUUUUUGUUUUCUUGAGCAACUAUUGGUUACAAAAAUGGGAACCGGUGCAAUUGCCAUAUCUCUUCCAUUUUCUUGUGUACUUGGUCUUCUCUCCUCCAUGACAUCGUCAACCAUGGUGAUGAGCAGGUUCAUAUGGAUUUAUGCAUCUUGCCAGUUUGCUAUGGUGGUUCUUUUCGCGCAUAUAUUUUACUCCUUGGUUCAUGUGCAAGCAGUUCUUUCGAUCCUUCUUGCAACAUUUGCUGGAUUUGGUGUGGUAAUGAGUGGAAGUUCUAUCCUUGUGGAGUUUUUCAGAUGGAGAAGGAGAUGGCAGGCUUCAUCAGAGCAGCAACAUGGCCCUCUACCGAUAACACAACCAGGACAGCAUCCACAAACUGUAAGCACGCCACGUUCGGACCAAUCCAACCAUAGUCAUCCCGUGGUUCAAGAUCUGCAAAACUCACAUCAGAGCUGAGUUGAUAUUUUCGUGCUUCUCAUGACUAAGCUAGUGGCUGGAUUUGGUUGCUUUUCAUUCCGGAUUUGGAAGAUCUUAUUGAAUUUGGUUUUUAGUAGUCAGGGGAUUCCACAUUCACGCAUUCGGGAUAUUAUUAGCCAAUUAGCCAUUUGAUACCGUCCGAAAACUGCAUAUCUUAAUUUUUAUUUUAUAAUUUAAAAUACCGAACUUGAAUCUGGACUAUACAGUAACUGAUCAAACGACCCCAAAUCUCGACUACAUGAAUAUGGAGAAUCCCUGACUGUAGUGGAGCUGGAUCCGAACUUAUUGUGUAUAGAGUAGGGAGUUUAACCUUUAUUACUACUCAUCUGCAUGAGAUUUCAUUGUACAGUUUAUGAAUAUAGCUUUUCUUUGCUAUGGCAUUUCUGUUAGUUUAUUUGUGCAGAAUAUUUCAGCACAUGAAAACCAGAAGGCUUUUUUGGCUUUGUAUUUUUUGUAGGCUUGGGUGAGAGAGUGACUUUGUUUUAGGUCAAAGUGAGAGUGAAGGAUUAAUGAAGAAAUGUGUUUGUUAUACUUUUUCUUAGAGUUUGAUCAUUGAUGAGCAUUGCCAAAUCAAAUGCAAUGAUGUGGUUACUUA